AUAUGGGUGGUUGCCAACUUGCAGCGAAAUGGAGAACGGAGGAGGCAAGCCAGUCCAUAUCCCCAAUCAUCCAAUACUGAGGAGUGAGAAAUUACUGAAGUAUAUUCUGGAGAGCAGCGUCUACCCACGCGAGCCGGAGCCUCUCCGAGAGUUGAGAAAUGCCACCGACAACCACCCUCUGCACUUCAUCGCCGCUUCCCCUGAUGUGGGUCAGCUCAUCGCCUUGCUCUUGAAGCUCCUGAGCGCCAAAAAGACCAUUGAAGUUGGAGUUUUCACAGGCUACUCCCUUCUCCUCACCGCGCUUAACAUUCCUGAUGAUGGAAAGAUUAUAGCGAUGGAUCCGGCCAGAAAUUUUUAUGAACUUGGGCUUCCGUUCAUCAAAAAGGCCGGCGUGGAGCACAAGAUUGAUUUCUUGGAAUCCCCAGCUAUGCCGGUUCUGGAUAAACUCUUGGAAGAUCCGGCAAACGAAGGAAGCUUUGACUUCGCGUUCGUGGAUGCAGACAAGGACAACUACUGGAAUUACCAUGAGAGGCUGAUGAAAUUGGUGAGGAUUGGAGGGAUAAUCGCGUACGAUAACACGCUUUGGGGCGGAAGUGUAGCGAUGCCGGAAGAGGAAGUUCCAGAACAGAAAAGAGAAUGGAGGAAGCACGCAAUUGCCUUCAACAAAGCGAUCGCGGAGGAUUCUCGUGUGGAGCUUGCGUUUGCUUCCAUCGGUGAUGGCCUCAGCAUCUGCAGGCGCCUUCGCUGAUUCUAAAUUUUCAUUCCAAUCUCUGUGUGGUAUCAAAUAUCAAUAACCUUCCUAAGUUUGGUAGCAAAUGGGUAUAGUUGGCUCGAGAGCCAAAAUGGAUGUAUCACAAUAAAUUGAAUAUUGAAUAUUUCGUACUAAAUCUCAUAUGCAUAUUUAGCUUCUUGGUUA